ACCCACAUGUCGUCAUCACAUGACUAAAAGGUGCAAUGCCAUAGUCAAUGUGAAAAAUUGCAGGGAGAGCUGGUAGCAACAAUAUGAUCAAAGAAAGCAUUCGUAUACUUGUUGAAUUCACAAGGGAUUUCUCUUUGUUUUCAUCCCUCGUUCUCUGGUUCAUUCUCAGUUACAUUUCUUACACCCACAAUCCCACAAAUUAGAGAGGAUGUGUGUUAAGACAAAGCCUUGUUUCUGGCUCUUUGUGCUUUUGUUGCUAUUCGUUUACCAUAGGACUUGCUUCUCAAUUGGAGAUGACACCCUUUUGGUUGGCCAAUCUCUCUCUGCAAACCAAACUCUAAUAUCUCAAAACGGCAUUUUUGAACUCGGUUUCUUCAAGCCAGCCGCUUCUUUUAGCAUUUACCUAGGAAUAUGGUAUAAGAACUUCGCAAAUAAGACGAUUGUUUGGGUAGCCAAUAGGGAGAGCCCUUCCAACAACCCUGCUUCAUCGAAGCUUGAAUUGUUAUCUGAUGGCAAUCUUGUCCUGCUGAAAAAUUUCACCGAAACAGUUUGGUCAACAGCUCUUGCAUCUUCAGUGCCGAAUACUAGUAAAGCAGAAGCAGUAAUUCUUGACGAUGGAAACUUUGUCGUAAGAGAUGGCUCAAAUCCAUCUGCCAUAUACUGGCAGAGUUUUGAUUAUCCAACUGACACAUGGCUACCUGGUGGAAAGCUUGGAAUCAACAAGCACACUGGGCAAGUGCAGCGGCUUAUUUCAUGGAAAAACCCAGAAGAUCCUGCACCAGGUAUGUUCUCGAUUGGGAUCGACCCAAAUGGAAGCAGUCAGUUUUUCAUAGAGUGGAACAGGUCACACAGGUAUUGGAGCAGUGGUGAUUGGAAUGGAGAAAGAUUUACCUUGGUACCUGAGAUGAGAUUGAACUAUAUUUUCAAUUAUAGUUAUGUAUCAAAUGAAAAUGAAAGCUAUUUCACCUAUUCUUUGUACAAUACCUCAAUUCUUUCAAGAACCGUGAUUGAUGUUUCAGGACAGAUCAAACAAUUCAGUUCUUUGGGAGAUUUUAGGGAUUGGUUUCUUUUUUGGUCUCAACCAAAAUACCAAGCUGAUGUUUAUGGUUUAUGCGGGGCUUUUGGAGUCUUUCAUGUAAAUUCAUCAACUCCUUGUGGAUGUCUCAGAGGUUUUAGACCAUUUGUAGCAAAUGAUUGGUCAAGCGGUUGCCUUAGGAUGUCUCCUUUGCAUUGUCAACAUAGGAAAAAUAUUGCAGUGUCAAAUGAUGGGUUUUUAAAGAUGUCGAAUCUAACAUUACCAGGAAAUUCAAAAGCAUAUCAGAAAGUGAGUUAUGAAAGAUGCAGAUUGGAUUGCAUUGAAAAUUGUUCUUGCAUGGCUCAUGCCUAUAAUGAUAAUAAUGGUGAGUGUCUUUUAUGGGAUGGAGCUCUUAUAAACUUACAACGGGCAGAGGUUGCUGGUGGCAGGACUGAAGCAGAAAUUUACAUCAGAUUUGCUGCUUCUGAAGUUGACCUUGAGACUGGUAGUGGGUUUAGCCUAAUAGGUAAUAUCAGAAGGAAAAUAUGGGUAACCUUGGCUGUGGCUGUUCCAGUAACUCUGAUUACCUUAGGCCUCUUCAUAUACUUCAGCUGUCUGCGCAAGGGAAAGCUCAUACACAAAGGGAAGGAAUAUACAGGUCACGAUUUAUUGCUCUUUGAUUUCGAUACCGAUCCUAGCUCAACUAACAAUGAAUCUAGCUCUGUUGACAAUGGGAAGAAAAGAUGGAGUAAAAAUAUGGAAUUGCCAUUAUUCAGUUAUGAGAGCGUAUCAGUUGCAACUGAACAAUUCUCAGACAAGCUUGGAGAGGGAGGAUUUGGACCUGUUUAUAAGGGCAAAUUACCGAAGGGACUGGAAAUAGCAGUGAAGAGGCUUUCAGAAAGAUCUGGGCAAGGGCUUGAGGAGUUCAGAAAUGAGACAAUUCUAAUCGCCAAACUCCAGCACCGGAAUCUUGUCAGGCUAUUAGGUUCCUGUAUUGAACGGGAUGAGAAAAUGCUAAUCUAUGAGUACAUGCCAAAUAAAAGCUUGGAUUUCUUUCUCUUUGAUGCAAACAGAGGACAAAUCUUAGAUUGGGGUACACGGAUUCGGAUAAUAGAAGGAAUUGCUCAAGGCCUUCUGUAUCUACAUAGAUAUUCACGGUUACGAAUCAUUCACAGGGAUUUAAAACCUAGCAACAUUCUAUUAGACAGUGAAAUGAAUCCAAAAAUAUCUGAUUUCGGGAUGGCUCGAAUUUUUGGAGGCAAUGAAACUCAAGCAAACACCAACAGGAUCGUUGGAACAUAUGGCUAUAUGUCCCCUGAAUAUGCUAUGGAGGGCCUCUUCUCAAUAAAAUCUGAUGUGUUUAGCUUCGGGGUGCUGGUACUUGAGAUUGUCAGCGGCAAGAAGAAUACUAGUUUCUACCACAGCGGCUCCCUCAAUCUUCUUGGACAUGCAUGGAAGUUAUGGAAUUCUAAUAAAGCUUUGGACUUGAUGGAUCCAAGCCUGGGAGGUCCUCCUUCAACUUCUAUGCUGUUGAGAUACAUAAACAUAGGGCUUCUUUGUGUCCAAGAAAGUCCUGCUGAUCGGCCUACAAUGUCUGAUGUCAUCCCCAUGAUUGUAAAUGAACACGUAGCUCUCCCAGAACCUAAGCAACCUGCUUUUGUUGCAGGCAGAAACGUGGCAGAACCAAGGUCAUUGAUGAGCUUUGCUGGCGUACCUUCCGUGAAUAAUGUGACAAUAACAACGAUAGAUAAAGCUGAUAGCAGCAAUAUGAUCAAAGAAAGCAUUCUCGUAGUUGCUGAAUUCACCAGGGAUAUCUUGUUUUUCUUUCCCUCGUUCUCUGAUCCAUACUCAGUCACAGCUUUACACCCUAAAUUCCACAAAUUAGAGAGGAUGUGUGUUAUUACAAAGCCAAGUUUCUUACUCUUUGUGCUGUUACUAUUCGUUUCCCACUGGAAUUGCUUCUCCAUUGAAGGUGAUACCCUUUUGAUUGGCCAAUCUCUCUCUGCAAACCAAACUCUAAUAUCUCAAAACGGCAUUUUUGAACUCGGUUUCUUCAAGCCAGCCGCUUCUUUUAGCAUUUACCUAGGAAUAUGGUAUAAGAACUUCGCAGAUAAGAUGAUUGUUUGGGUGGCAAACAGGGAGAGCCCUUUAAACAACCCUGCUUCAUCGAAGCUUGAAUUGUCACCGGAUGGCAUUCUUGUCCUACUGACAAAUUUCACCAAAACAGUUUGGUCAACAGCUCUUGCAUCUUCAAUGCCGAAUAACAGUACAGCACAAGCAGCACUUCUUGAUAAUGGAAACUUUGUCAUUAAAGAUGGCUCAAACCCAUCCGCUAUUUACUGGCAGAGUUUUGACAAUCCAACUGAUACAUUGCUACCUGGUGGAAAGCUUGGAAUCAACAAGCACACUGGGAAAGUGCAGAAGCUUAUUUCCUGGAAAAACCCAGAAGAUCCUGCACCAGGUAUGUUCUCGAUUACGAUGGACCCCAAUGGCAGUAGUCAGAUUUUUAUAGAGUGGAACAGGUCACACAUGUAUUGGAGCAGUGGGGUUUGGAAUGGACAAAGAUUUUCCAUGGUUCCUGAGAUGAAUUUGAACUAUUAUUUCAAUUAUAGUUAUAUAUCGAAUGAAAAUGAAAGCUAUUUCACCUUUUCUGUGUACAAUGCUGAAAUGCUCUCAAGAUACGUGAUUGAUGUUUCAGGACAAAUCAAACAAUUAAAUUGGUUAGCAGGUGUUAGGAAUUGGUCAGAAUUCUGGUCCCAGCCAAGUGACCAAGCUGGUGUUUAUGGUUUAUGCGGGGUUUUUGGAGUCUUUCAUGGAAACUCAUCGAGCUCUUGUGAAUGCUUGAAAGGUUUUGAACCAUUAGUACAAAAUGAUUGGUCAAGCGGUUGUGUUAGGAAAUCUCCUUUGCAGUGUCAAAAUAAGAAAAGUACUGGGAAAAAAGAUGGGUUCCUGAAGAUGUCGAUUCUGACAUUACCAGAAAAUUCAAAAGCAUAUCAAAAAGUGAGUGUUGCAAGAUGUAGAUUGUAUUGCAUGAAAAAUUGUUAUUGCGUGGCUUAUGCCUAUAAUAGCAGUGGGUGUUUUUUAUGGGAAGGAGAUCUUAUAAACUUAAAACAGUCAGAGAUUGCUGCUGGGAGGGCUGGAGCAGAAAUUUACAUCAGACUUGCUGCUUCUGAGCUUGAACCUCAGAUUGGUAGUGGCAGUAUCCGAACAGGAGGCAAUAUCAAAUGGAAAAUACGGACAACCUUGGCUGUGGCUGUUCCAGUAACUCUGAUUACCUUAGGCCUCUUCACAUACUUCAGCUGUCUGCGCAAGGGAAAGCUCAUACACAAAGCGAAGGAACGUACAGGUCACAAUUUAUUGCGCUUUGAUUUCGAUGCCGAUCCUAACUCAACUACCAAUGAAUCUAGCUCUGUUGACAAUCGGAAGAAAAGAUGGAGUAAAAAUAUAGAAUUUCCAUUAUUCAGUUAUGAGAGCGUAUCAGUUGCAACAGGACAGUUCUCAGAUAAGCUAGGAGAGGGAGGAUUCGGACCUGUUUAUAAGGGCAAAUUACCCACGGGACUGGAAAUAGCAGUGAAGAGGCUUUCAGAAAGAUCUGGGCAGGGGCUUGAGGAGUUCAGAAAUGAGACAACUCUAAUCGCCAAACUCCAGCACCGGAAUCUUGUCAGGCUACUGGGUUCCUGUAUUGAACGGGAUGAGAAAAUGCUAAUCUAUGAGUACAUGCCAAAUAAAAGCUUGGAUUUCUUUCUCUUUGAUGCAAACAGAGGACAAAUCUUAGAUUGGGGUACACGGAUUCGGAUAAUCGAAGGAAUUGCUCAAGGCCUUCUGUAUCUACAUAGAUACUCGCGGUUACGAAUCAUUCACAGGGAUUUAAAACCUAGCAACAUUCUAUUAGACAGUGAGAUGAAUCCAAAAAUAUCCGAUUUCGGGAUGGCUCGAAUUUUCGGAGGCAACGAAACUCAAGCACACACCAACAGGAUCGUUGGAACAUAUGGCUAUAUGUCCCCUGAAUAUGCUAUGGAGGGUCUCUUCUCAAUAAAAUCUGAUGUGUUUAGCUUCGGGGUGCUGGUACUUGAGAUUGUGAGCGGCAAGAAGAACACUAGUUUCUACCACAGCGACACCCUCCAUCUUCUUGGACAUGCAUGGAAGUUAUGGAAUUCUAAUAAAGCUUUGGACUUGAUGGAUCCAAUCCUGGGAGAUCCUCCUUCAACGGCUACGCUGUUGAGAUACAUAAACAUAGGGCUUCUUUGUGUCCAGGAAAGUCCUGCUGAUCGGCCUACAAUGUCUGAUGUUAUAUCCAUGAUCGCAAACGAACACGUAGCUCUCCCAGAACCUAAGCAACCUGCUUUUGUUGCAUGCAGAAACAUGGCAGAACAAGGACCAUUGAUGAGCUCUUCUGGGGUACCUUCCGUGAAUAAUAUGACAAUAACGGCGAUAGAUGGGAGAUAGUUUUUUCAUCAAGAGGUCUAAAGGACAUGAAGCUACUUCAUCAGAGGAAGCUAUGAGUAUGGAACGUAGACCAAGCUUAUUUGUAUAAGUUCUCCGAUUUGAAUCGUACAAUUGUUUGUUUCAGUUUUUCCUAUUAUUUUCGUUGUAUUGAAACACGAACAACAUCAAAUCAAGUAUUCAUAGAACACAUUUAAUUCAAAUCUUAAAUAUAUUAAAAACUCAUCUUCCUUUCAGUACAAAUUGA